AUGGAACAAGAUCAAGCACAGAAGCAUAUUUGCAGGUUGUGCAAGAAGAGUUUCUCAAGCGGAAAGGUAUUGGGGGGUCACAUGAGGGGUCAUUCGGCUCUGAAUCCUGUCAAAGAAGAGGUAAAACUGAGUAAAUGCAAAAUGGGUUUUGAGGUCAAUGAGCAUUCGGGUUAUGGCUUGAGAGAAAACCCAAGAAAAUCUUCGAAAUUCACAAGCUUGAACAGCACUGCACCUUCAAUUCAAGAAUGGGUUUGCGGAAUGUGUAGCAGAGAGUUUGAAUCACAGAGGGCUUUGUUUGGUCAUCUGAGGCAUUGCAACCAAAAGAAAAAGAGGAUGUACAAGGAGAAUCUUACAGUCUCCAAAGAGACGGAGACAAGUUCAAGAUGCAAUCUUUUUGUGGAGAGCUUAUCGGAGACGGAGACCGAGACUGUGAAUGUGGUGAGAAGAAGGAGAUCAAGUAGAGUGAGGUCCAAGAUCAGUUCGAAUUCUUCUUUAUCUAGCUUGAAUGGAUCGUCUUCUAUUACUGAAACUGUGGACGAUGUCGAAGAGGCGGCUAAGUGUUUGAUAAUGAUGUCCGUGGGUCUGCACAAUUGGGAUGAAUUCAAUUUUACUUGCGAGUUGAAAGGUAGAAAUUCUGAGUCUUUUGAAUCCUCCGAAAACAAGCAAAUUGCGAUGGAUGGUAAUGUCGUUUUUGAUGGUGUUACGCCUCCUGAAAUGAAGAAACAGAGAGUAGAGAAAUCAGAUCCCAAACUGUAUGGUGAAUCUGAGUUUAUGUUUUGUGAACCUGAGGUUGAGAAGGUGAUUCAUGAGGGAAUGAAAUGCAGCUCCAUUACAGUUGAAUCUAGUGACCAGUUGAUGGAGGAUGUUACUGGUUUGGAAUCCAUGAAAUUGGGGAAAAAUUCUUGCAGGAAGAUUCAAUGUCCUUCUCCAGAUUCUGAAAUCUUGGAUGAUUCAGGGAAAAGGGGUGAAUUUCAGUGCAAUUACUGCGAUAAGACGUUUCGUACUCACCAGGCACUUGGAGGUCACCAAACCCUCCAUCGAAAGCCAAAAAACACUGUUGCAUUGGAGGUAGAUAACUGCUCAGGGAACAGCCACAGUGACUGUAUGCCUGAAACUUAUGUGAACGCGAAGCUCGCUGAGCUUCAAGGCGCUGAGAAUUCAAUGGAGCAAGGGAUAGAUGGUGUGAUUGUGGUGAAUAAUGGGUCAAUGGAUAGUAAGGUUCACAAGUGCCCAAUAUGCGUCAAGGAAUUUGCAUCAGGCCAAGCUUUGGGAGGCCACAAGAGAGUUCAUUCUGCUAAGAAUUCUGGGACUAGCGAAGAACAUGUUUCUCAAAAGAAGCAAGACCUGUCUGAUAUGUCCAGUAUGUUGGAGUUGGACCUUAAUAUGUCGGCCACGCUUCAGGAGGAGGCUAGUGACAAUGUUGGCUUGGAAACAACCUCAAGGAUGAGCCAGUAA